AUGUAUAAUAAACAAGUCGAAACUGAAGAACUUUUCUCCGAAUCAAGGAGUCUUAUUGGUGCGAUGAUGUUGCACAAAUUGUGGUUUUGCUUUUCAGUCAUUUUAAUGGUAAAGACACGCCGGGGAACAUCAACCGAUGCUGUGGUUGUGAAGAAGCCGAGGAUUAGCGCUAACGAUAGCGCAUGUGAGGCGAGCACAACGAGCCCCCUACUUUCUCCGACGCGAUCUGUUCACCCAGAUGUGGAUAACGUGGAUACAAAGGUUGAUGAAGAUAGCGCUAAUAUCGCCGACUUCGUAAUUGACAGAGCGAAAUACGAAGAAAUACUACGAUGUGAACAGCAGUGCGAGACGUUUUUGGCUACCCUGUAUCCAUUGUUUGAUCCCAAGCUUCCUAUAUCGAAGAGAAUGGUAGUUCCAAAAAGUUAUACAUCGGUCACAAGCCACGAGUUUCCGUUACUUUGCGCAGCACAUACCGCAAAUCAUUACUCGCGAAAUAAUGAUUUCUCAAUAAGCAUCACAGCGGUCGCAUUGGCAGCUUACACUGUGGCAUCAUUUGGUCUGUUGGCGGUACGACAGUGCGAUGGUUCCGAAGAGUGGGAACGAGAUGGAGACUGGAUAUUUACUGACGCUGAACUACCGAUAAAUUGGUACAACGUCGUUGAGCAUGUGGUCAAAGAUCAUGGCAGUGCCAUACCCACAAUGGCUUUGCUGAUAUUUGCGACGAAAGUGAAUUAUUGGAGGUCGAAUCAUCAUACUACAGAACAUAAGAAUCUACCCUGUAUGUUGUAUAAAUUAUCAACACGCCUCAGCUUAAAGAUGGGAAUGGUUAUUGGGAACGAAGCUGCUCGCACUUUCGGGCGUUGGGCCUCGACGCUUGCAGCACUAGGAUACAUGGGCAAGAACGUCAGACCGGUCAUCAUUAUCGGUAGAAGGAAGCAGGUUGUUGAACCAAAUGCCGAGAUGAGAGAAUAUUUGAACUGUCUACCAGCUGGAUGCCGCAAGCUUGCAUACUGCUACAACGUGUUCGCACAUUUCGCAGGCACUGCCUUGAUGAAAUGCCUGGAUGAAUGGAUGUUUUCGACAAUAAUUUCGACAGUUGAGAAAUAUAUGGAGAUUAAAGAUUUCGGAGCGAGAAGCCAUAUAAGCGCACAGUACCUCACAGGAAAAGAGAGAAUUCCGUACGAUGAUGCGUUGUCCCCAGGCGGCAUGGCAAUCAGCUACGUGAUCCACAUGGCACCACGUUCAAGUUUUGCAAAAAUACCGUAUUUCCUCGCAAACAAAAAUGGUGGGUACAAGUCAUUACCUGCGUACUCACCUAUCUUUGAGCCGAUAGUAGAAUCUUGUGCACGCACAUUGAAAGGGCUUGAAAUCAGAGGGUCUUUGGAUUGCGGUACUGCACAUGUGAGAUUAGCAUCCGCAGAAGGGCGGGCUGCAGACUCGUCGAGCGCAUCCGCAGCAUCAUCUAGUACACAUCAUUGUAAUGAAGUCAUGUCGGAUCCUCAAGAAACGCUGAGGCUUGUUAAAACGUUUGCGAAAUUUGUUAAGAAUGAAGGAGGAGGAGUAGCCUUAUUUCUGAGAGACAUGUUAGCGCAAUUUGAUUAAACCGCUUUUGUUGUGAAAUGAAUUGAUCCAAAUUCCCUCAUUUAUUUGCGUGUCAGAAUACAAUUGUUG